AUGGCCCUUGAGCAGAAGUUGACUGUCAUGCCUUCUGAAUACACUUUCGAUAUGUAUGCCAAUGCUGAAGCUCCUAGGAGCAAAAAGAAAGCGAGCAGGAGGCAUCCUGGGGAGAGCAGUAGUGAUCACUCCAAGAAAAAGGCUCAAAAAGAAGAUCCUCCAGUGCCCACUCCAUUCAAAACACCUCCCCCCAAGCAGGAGGGGAGAUCCCUAGCCACGACACCUCCUCCUCCUCCUCGCAAUAGCCCUCCCCCCAAGCAGGCAGGGAGAUCCGUAGCCACCGAACUGAUGAGUAGCGCCUACAACGCUACCCACGAGAAGUUACAAAGGAUAUCCAGGCACUGUCGUAGCCAGGAAGCCUUUUCCAAUCUCCCUCCACUGAAGAACAGCCAGGUUAUCAGUCGCAGGCUGUCUGAAGUCCUCAGUGUAAGUAUCCUUCCCAUGAGCCAUAGCUGGCAUCGUGCUGAGGAGACCAAGGCUAAACAUGCCGAGGAAAUCAAAGCAUGCGAGGAGAAGGCUAAGGCGGUCGAGACUAAAGUUUCCAGUCUGAGCGAAGAGUUGAAGAAGUGCCAAGAGGCCUUGGCCAAAGUUAUUGCUACCAAAGAAAAGUUUAAGGAGGCUUCAGAGAUUAACUUCAAAGAAGCAACCAAACUUCAAGAUGACCUGGCAGCAAGCCUGAAGGGAGCCACUGAGCUGGAGGGGCUAGUUAAACUUCUCGAGGAAACCAAUGCUCAGAACCUGGAGAAGUUUAGAGGGGCAACUUUCAAUUGCUUCUACCUCUUCUGGAAGAACACCCCAGGGAAAAACUUUGACUACCUCCCCGAGAAUAUGAGGUAA